AUGCUGAUCACCAGGCACAGAACAGCGUCGCCUUCGCCGUCGCCGAACGAGAUGUUGGCGGUAAAGCGAAGCAAGCCCAAUGGACGGAAUUGGGACGGAAAUGGAAAUGUGUUCCGCCACCAAUCCCCGGGCCUCUGGCGUCACCCAUCCGACAAAUCCUCAAAUUUCAACACCCUCUCCCACUGGACCUCACUCGCCCAACUGCUCGAACGCGGAAACUUCCAAGGAAUCUUCAUCGCCGACGUGCUGGGUGCCUACGACGUGUACGGGGGACCCAGAAAUCUGGCCCCCGCAAUCAGAAGCGGUGCACAAUGGCCUGUCACACGAACCUUUGAGUAUACACGAAGAUUGUCGACGGUUGAUCACUUGACAAACGGACGUGUAGGGUGGAACAUCGUCACGGGAUAUUUGGAUUCCGCGGCGAGGAAUCUUUCGAAUGGGGAUCAGAAGGGUCACGAUGAGAGGUAUGAAAUUGCCGAAGAGUUUGUGGAAGUUGUGUAUAAAUUGUGGAAUUCCAGUUGGAGGAGUGAUGCGGUGAAACUCGAGAGGGAAAAAGCAGGGGUGUAUACGGAUCCGACACUUGUCCGGGAGAUUGGUCAUGAAGGGAAGUUUUUCAACGUUCCCGGACCGCAUUUUUGUGCGCCUUCGCCGCAGAGGACGCCGGUGAUUAUGCAGGCGGGGACGAGUCGCGCGGGGAGGAAAUUUGCGGCGCGGCAUGCUGAGGUGAUUUUCGUGUCGGCGCACAGUCCGGGUAGUGUGGUGGAUUCGGUCAAGGGGAUACGCGCUGAGGCGGAGAGGAGAGGAAGGGAUUCGAGGAAUCUGAAGGUGUUGGCGAAGUUUUGUCCCGUGCUGGGGAGGACGCAGGAGGAGGCUGAGGCGAAGUAUCGGGAUUAUAUGCAGUAUGGGAGCUAUGAAGGGGCUUUGGCGUUGUUUGGGGGGUGGACGGGGGUUGAUAUGGCUCCGUAUGGGGAUGAUGAGGAGUUGAGGUAUGUUGAGAGUAAUGCGAUACGGUCUUCUAUCGAAGGGCUUUUGAAGACUGCUCCGGAUGUUAAUGGGGGGAAGUGGACGAAGAAGACUCUUGCUGAGCAUAUCAUGGUUGGGGGAUAUGGCGCGACUUGUGUUGGGACGCCGGAGAAGGUUGCUGAUGAGAUGGAGCGUUGGGUGCGAGAUGGAGAUGUUGAUGGGUUCAAUAUCGCGUACGCGCUUAUGCCUCAGACGUUUGAAGAUGUGAUCGAGCUGCUGAUUCCAGAACUGCGGAAGCGAGGUCUAUUCUGGGACGGAUAUUGCGUGCCUGGUGGAACGUAUAGAGAGAACUUGUAUGGAACAGCAGGCCAGCGAGAGCCACUUCCAGACCAUCCCGCCGCGGAGAUGAUAUGGAGGCCGACGGAGCUUUAGCCUUUCGAAGGUUUGCGACACGGCAGUCAAGGACAGGACUGCACAUUCCAAAUCGGUCGGAUUUCCAAUGAAUGGCAAUGCGUUCAAAGGGGAUGCUAGAGGUCGCAUGGAUUUCGAGGACAUGCUCAGAAAGGAUGACUUGAUCGAAGCCGCAUCG